ACAUUUGCUUUACAUUGCUCUUAAAUCUGUAACACCGCUGGCUGCUUGUAUUCACUUCUGUGGUGUGAGCUGAAAGUGACAAAGAAAAUAAAAAGUCCAAGGUCCAUUUGCCUCUCUCACCAAGUUUUGUGCAGCACUGAAUUGCAAGAUAAACUUGAAACCUGAGACAGAGACAGAAGUUCACUCUUCAUAUUCCAUAAUGAGAUGGCCUUUGUCAGGAAUGCUUCUGGUGUCUGACACUUUGCUGGAGCCAAUGUGAAGUUAAAUGGUGAAUUAAUCGCAAAGGAUUCUUGUACAAGCUUAGCUGAAGACUGUAAAAACUGCCAAGGUGUUUAUUGCAGGAACUAAUUUCUACAGCUCAGUAAACUUGAAAUGGAGGACCUCAAAGAUUGCCUUUUAAGUGUGAUGGAAGAGCUGACAAAAGAAGAGCUCAAGCGCUUUAUAAAUAAGCUUGACACAGCAGAAAGGAGACACCAAUGUCAGCACAUCCCUUUGGGCAGACUGGAGCGUACAGGGAAUGACAUAGGAGAUAUUGCACAUCUCAUGGUUGGUCACUAUGGACACAAAGCUACAAAUGUAACAUUGGAUACCCUAGAGGGAAUUGGAAGGAAAGACCUUUUGAAGAGAUUUGGAGAUGCAUGUAGAGUGCCUGAAGGAAGACAAGAAACAGAUUACAAGAAGCUAUACAAACAAGAAAUAAAACGUCUCUAUAAACAAAUAAAAGAGUACAAUUGCCUUCCAUUUGAAAGAGUUGCAUUUAACUCUCGGUACAUCAAGCUAACCAUCAUUAACAAACGGCAGCAGUUACAAGAAAAACAAAGUGAGCUUGAAGCUAUAGGCCACGAUCAUGUAUGUCUGAUGAAAAAGCACAAAGAUUCCAAAAUUACAAUUAAGCAUAUCUUUUCUGAUACUGAAAAUGAAGAUGAGCCAAAGACAGUGGUGAUUCAAGGGCCAGCAGGAAUAGGUAAGACAUUCACUAUACAUAAAAUCAUGCUUGACUGGUCGUCAGAUGAAAUAUUCCAAGACAGAUUUGACUAUGUGUUUCACCUGCGUUGUAGAGAACUGAAAAUAAGUGAUCAUGAGAACCUGGAUAACUUGAUCAGUAGAUGUUCCACUCAUUUACAAGAUGCAAUAAAGGAAGUGUUGUCUAAGCCUGAACGUCUCCUGUUCAUUUUUGAUGGUUUUGAUGAGCUCAGUUUCCCAUCUAGUCAAGCCACGGCAAGAGAAAGUAGUGCAGUGACACUGUUACUAAAGAGGAAAAUUAUACCUGAAGCCUCCAUGCUCAUCACAACACGGCCCACUGCCUUAGAAGUGCUGGAUACGGUUGUCAAAACUGAUCAAUACAUUGAAAUUGUUGGGUUUUUGGAAGAUGAAAUACAGAAAUAUUUUUUAAAAAGUUUUCAAGGCCAAGAAAAAGGUCUCCGCGUGUUUCAGAUCAUUAAGGGAAACUCUGUCAUUCUCUCCCUGUGCUUUGUGCCAAUGGUCUGCUGGAUUAUUUGCUUAAUGAUGAAAGAAAAUGCUGAAGAUGGUGAAGAUCUUCUGACACAUAUAUCGACUUCUUCACAGAUAUUGCUACAUUUCAUUCAUACAUUAUUGCAGCACCACUGUGGCACUUCUGAAAAAGUUGAUUUUCUUCAGAAUGUUAGUAGACUGGCCUUCCAGGGAAUUAAAGAGGGGAAGAAAAUAUUUACAGAGGAGGAACUCUGGGAAGUUUCAAUCAGCGCAACUGGGAAAGAAUCCACCUUUUUAAGCAAAACCUUUUUUAAGAGAGGCCCAAAUGCUAAAGCUGUGUACCAUUUCCUGCAUUUAAGUGUCCAGGAACUUUUUGCUGCAAUGUAUUGUGCUUCUCAAGCAUCCAGUGAGGAGACUGAAAAACUUCUUAAUGAUUCCUUGAAACCUGAGCAUAGAAAUCUCCUCCACGUGGUUCGCUUCCUGUUUGGCCUUAUCAAUGAGACAUCACAGGAAAUCCUCAAAGACUUGAAAAUGUUUUCAUUUAAUCACAUGAAAGUAACACUGCAGAGCUGGUUUUCAACAGCAGUGAAGUGGUAUAAGGACAAAUACCCAAAGGCUUCAUACUGUGGGAAAUCACAAUUCCUCCUGCAGCUUAUGCACUGCUUGUAUGAAAUGCAAGAUGGAGAAUUUGUUACACGUGCAAUGAAAUGGUUUCAUCAGAUUCGUCUCUCAUGGUGUCAUUUAAAUAGAAUUGAUUGCCUGGUAGUGAAAUACUGCAUUGAGUACAGUGAUUCUGUGCAAUAUCUUGAUGUGUGGAACUGUAAUCUGGAUGAUGAGAAACUAAAGAUUCUUUGGGAGGUUCUUCCUAAAUGUCAAUUUGUCAGGUUAGGGGUUGAGAAGCUUUCUAAAAGGACAAUGGAACUCUUCUGCGAAAACCUUGCAUUGAAGGAAAGGGAUCAGUACAUACAUAUAAUCAUAAGCGAAAAAGAAGACGUGCUCAGUUUUUUACUUGAAGCCACAGCACGUGUCCAUGAAUCCAGUUUGUUUUUCUCUAAUGUCUCUAACGCUGUCAUGGAGCAGGUAUGCAAGAGGAUCAUUCCGAAAUAUAAACCCACAAAUAUUCGCCUUUGUUGUGCAACUGGUGAGGAACAAGUAAAAUCCAUUGUUGAUAUACUGAGAAAUGAAAAUUACUCCCCUAGUUUCCUAAGACUAGAGACCUGUUUACUAGAAUCAUUAGAAAAUGUCCACAGCAUUUUGUCCGAAGAACAGAAAAUGAGAAACGUUAGUUGGGAACUAAUGUACAGAGGUGUGAAUAUCUUGUAUGAAGUGGACCAGGAAACUAUGACAUCCAAAACAAGGGUACAUUUUACUGAUGCUGAUAUAAUAAAAAACUGUCUACAGUUAAUUGUGAGCUGUAAGCCAACAGAAAUCUAUUUGGAAAAUCUUCACGAUGAGACUCUUCAGACAGUCAUCGGAGCCUUGAACAAUGAAGACUUCACUCUUACAUGCUUGAAAAUACACACUAAAUCUUCAGUUGAAAGCAUUUGUUGCAUUCUGUCUGGGGAAGAGAAAAUGAGGAGCGUGAGGUGGGAAAUAUCUCAGAGUGGAUAUCCUGGUACCAUUCUUAUCCAUGAUCCUGGAUCUCCUACUGUAAGAGAGCAAUCUACUUGUCCUCAUAAUAUCAAUGAGCCCUCCAGUCAACACAGGAUAAAGAAUCGAUGCGAAAUCUCAUAAAUAAAGAGAAACUCCAUGCUGGAAGCGUAGAGUGCUGACUAUGCUGUGCACAUGAUAUCACAUAUACACAUUAUUUCAAUCUGGUCAGCAGAGCCCUUGAGAUAAGAACAGACUGAGCCAAGAGAGAGAAGACCUGCUGAUUGAAUCACCGUGAAAAGAUGGAGAUGCAGACAAGCCAUAUGGCUGAGAUUUCUAAGUUAUAGAAUGCCAAAAAAUAAUGGAAAAUUGAUCAGACUGCUGCAAUGAGGCAAACACAACAUGAUGUGUUGCUUUAAUGUACUCUUUGUCAUUUGGAACUCCAUGCAUGGACACCUCCAACUUCAGAGGUAAACAUGUUUCAAAAAGAGAAGAUGAAUUAAUAUGAUGCGUGCUCAUAGAAGAUGAGCAGUGUUAAUAUUUUAAGUCCUGUGACAUUUCAUUACACAAGUAAAUAUUUGGAAUGUUAAAAAAUUAUAACUAAAGAUGUACUUAUUAUUUAUACUACAGAAAUAUUGAUGUUCAUGUUACUAUAA